CAUCAACUUUUGUCAUGAUUUGUUUUUCAUUCGAUCUUAUGAAUGGGCCACAUCACAUUUACAUAGUACUUAACUUGCAAAGGUUUUUAUGAGCCAUUUUUAAUAACUUUUUCAAUGUCUUGUUGCAAAUAAGUUAAACUAAUGAGUGUCACCAUUGCUUUUCAGUCACAAACUAAUCAUAAAUUUCCAAAAAGACAUUCAGUGAAUAUUAUUGGCUAUAUUUGAAAGCCAUAUUCAGUACAAUGUGUAUUUUGUGUGUGUGUGGGGUGGGGGGUGGAGGAUUUAGUUGGUAUGGUGCUCUCACAAGGAGCUUGGGUUUGUAAGAUCAAACUACUUUGGCAGACCAAUGCCUAAUUACUGGUGUAUCAACGGCUGUGAUAUGUUUGUGAGGGGAAAUACAUAUACUUUUGUCCUAGCAGGCAUUGAUCAAGAGUCGGCAUUUUAGAAAAAAGUAUCUGUGAUACAUGUACAUUUAUUAGGUUUAAUUGUCUUAAGUUAUUUUUUCAGGGGAUGUGCACAUGCAUUGGAAACUCCUGAAUGGAAGGCCUUUGGGUAGACAAUGGUGGCCAAUAGUGUGCUACAUGAUUACCUGGCUGGAGCCAUCGGAGGUUGUACAGGUAUUAUUGUCGGACAUCCAUUUGACACUGUGAAGGUCCAGCUGCAGACUCAGACUCCAGGCCACCAGUACAAGCAGCUAUGGGACUGCGUUUUAAACAUUCACCAUCAAGGACUGUCACAAGGAUUUUACCGUGGACUCUCCUGGCCGCUGGUCAGCUAUGGUCUAAUCAGCUCUGUUUAUUUUGGAGUAUAUGGGAACACCCUGUCUGCGAUGCAGAGAGUACAAGUGGUGAAGAGUCAUUCGUUCAAGUGGUACCUCCAGGUGGCUACCGCGGGGAUGAUGGCGGGCGUGGUUCAGGUCUUCAUCGCAUGUCCUGUUGAAGUUAUCAAGGUUGUGCUGCAGUCUCAGAUUCCACAUCAGUUACCAGGUGAAUGUCCAUACAAGCAGAAAUAUUACAGAGGCCCUAUGGAAGCAGCCAUUGACAUUGUUAAGUCGCGGGGUCCCCGAGGCCUCUUCAGAGGGUUUGGCACGCAGUUUUGCAGGGACAUUCCAGCAAGUGCCGUCUACAUGGUCACCUAUGUUUUUCUCGGUUCACAAGGUGCUGGCCUGUUUCAGUCGAUCCCCUCUCAGAUCAUCAACUUCAUCGCUGGAGGUUUCGCCGGGGUUUUAAGCUGGCUCAUUAUCCUGCCACUAGAUGUUGUGAAGAGUCGACUGCAGGGGGACAGCGAGAGAAAACUGUACAAGGGUUUCUCGGACUGUGUCAUGAAAAGCUACAGAGAUGGGGGCUUGAGAUUGUUUUUUCGAGGGGGGCUGGUGAUCAGUGUUCGCGCUUUUCCAGUGAAUGCUGUCACGUUGAUGGUGUACUCGGAAUGCCUCACUUUGCUGAAUAGAUAUUAUGCACGUUAAUGUUUAUUUUUAAACUACUAGGUACUUGUAUUGUGAUUGUAUGUUCAUUUUUAAAGGGAAUAUCACUGCAAUUUUGUACAUAUGGAAAAAAAAAAAAUUAUGAUGUAAAAUAAACAAUGACUGUUAAGAACAUUGGCAUACCAUCACUAACACAUUGGACAUAACAGACACUAGAAUUCUAAACAAGAAAAUGUAUUUAAUAUGUAAUUUUCAUCACGAAAAAGACUGUUAAUAGGAGACAUCAUACAAUGGCUGUAAACUCUGUUAACAGGAGACAUCAUACAAUGGCUGUAAACUCUGUCAACAGGAGACGUCAUACAAUGGCUGUAAACUCGGUUAACAGGAGACGUCAUACAAUGGCUGUAAACUCGGUUAACAGGAGACGUCAUACAAUGGCUGUAAACUCUGUUAACAGGAGACGUCAUACAAUGGCUGUAAACUCGGUUAACAGGAGGCGUCAUACAAUGGCUGUAAACUCGGUUAACGGGAGACGCCAUACAAUGGCUGUAAACUCGGUUAACAGGAGACGUCAUACAAUGGGUGUAAACUCG